AUGGACAACUACAGAGCUGGGAAGCGCAGUUCUAUCUCGUUUGGAAGCUUCCAAAGACCUAUGGUGAACUUCAGUCAAAAUGAUCUAUCAUACUACUCACCACGACAAAUGUACGCAGCGCAGCAACCGCCAGUCCAACAAACACCCAUGGCAUUUUACCCAUGUCGUUACGAAACUGCUUUCCCACUCUACGCAUUAGACUGGAGUCCCGAGGACUACGUCGCGGUUGGAUCGUACAGAGAGGACAGCUACAACAAGUUACAAAUCUUGCACUCCUCAGAUGUGAUUUCGUGGGACAAAGUAGGGGAAGCCGGUACCAUUUUCCCCGUUUCGAAAGUCCAAUGGUGCCCUAAUGGAAUUUCACAACAGCUAGCAACAAGCUCGGACUCGCUUCGCCUGUGGACUUUCUCGGACUUUGUGCUUGAAGAACAAUUGAAUUUAUCGCUCCAACGUUACAACAAAACCAACGGAAAUGGGAGCGGAAGCGCCUGUGCAGGCAAUCAAGGCUCCACAGCAGCGCUGGGACAACUACCUCCGGUGUCAUCUUUCCAUUGGAACUCUACAGACCCUAAUUUAAUUAUUUCGAGCUCCAUCGACACUACAUGCACUGUGUGGGACUUGCAAUCGAGCAACUACGUCAAGACCCAACUAAUUGCUCACGACAGCGAGGUUUUUGACGUCAAGUUUUUGACGCAGUCCACACAGCUGUUUGCAAGCUGCGGGGGCGAUGGAAGUGUGCGGGUGUUUGAUCUGAGAUCUCUGGCCCACAGCACCAUCAUUUACGAACCAGCUAGUAGCACCAGGUCGCAUUCCCGUGAACACGGAACUGGCAUUGCCAGUGAAAAUGGCCGUGGGAGUGGGAGUGGCAGCAUCAGUGGCAGCGGCAGUGGCAGUGCCCACGGCAGCGGUUCGGCAGGCUCAAGUGCGGAUCCAGGACGAAAUGCCCUUCUAAGACUGGAACCUUCGCCUUUCGAUCCUAAUGUGGUGGCGACUUUCGCACAAGAUUCGACCAGCGUGUUGAUCUUGGACAUGCGGUAUCCUGGGGCUCCGGUUUGGACGCUGGACGGACAUUCUGCAGCCGUUAAUCAAAUUCAAUGGCAUCCUUCUCGUCACAACGUGUUAAUUUCAGGUGGAGACGAUUGCCAAGCGCUGGUGUGGGAUAUAAACACACAGCAAGCCUCGUCCAGUGCUGCUACAGCGUCGACAGCUUCAACGCGAUGGAACAACGGCAAAACGAGCGCACACUCCAUCGAAAUUCCACAGCAAGCCUACGACGACACAAACUACGAGAUCAACAACCUAGUGUGGCGACCCGAGGGCGACUGGUUUGGAUGCAACAUGGGACGUCAGUUCCAGGCCGUGAGGGUCUAG